AAAUCGGAUGGGCGUUGGGUGUAUAGAUAUUUUUUCCCCAGUUGCCGGUCGGGUUUGUUUUCCCGCUCCGGAGAGAAAGAAAGCGCUCUGUGCCAUCUAGGGUUCGCCGAGGAAGAAGGGGCCAUAAGAAGGAAACGAAAUUUCAAGAAGUGAAAAACCAAGUCAUUUAGCAGAAUGGCUGGACAGAGAAACAACUAUGGUAAACGAUCCCACUCUCAGCUGGAUUUGGCUGACAAUGAAGGAAGCAAACGAAGAAAUCCUGGUGAAAAAGAUCCCUAUAUACCUGGACCAGAAGAUACUGUCUACCGUUACUUGUGUCCAGGAAAGAAGAUAGGAAGCAUCAUUGGGAGGGGUGGGGAGAUCGUGAAGCAGUUGAGGUCUGACACUAAGGCCAAGAUCAGGAUUGGUGAGAGUAUUCCUGGCUGUGAGGAGCGAGUCAUAACCAUUUUUAGCACAAGCAUGGAAACAAAUGCCUUUGAAGAUACUAGUGAUAAUGUUUGCCCAGCACAAGAUGCCCUCUUCAGGGUGCAUGAAAGGCUUGUCACAGACGAGGCACUAGGUGAUGAAGAUACAGAUGCAGGCAACCCUCAAGUUACCAUCCGGCUGCUCGUGCCAUCUGAUCAGAUUGGAUGUAUUAUUGGUAAAGGGGGACAGAUCAUACAAGGCAUCCGGAGUGAUACGGGGGCGCAAAUUCGCAUUUUGAAAAAUGAGCACCUCCCAGCCUGUGCUAUUAGCAGCGAUGAACUUCUCCAGAUUACUGGCGAUGCCUCAGUUGUAAAGAAGGCUCUUGUUCAAGUUUCCUCUCGUCUCCAUGAUAACCCAUCUCGCUCACAACACCUGCUUGCUUCCAACAUGUCCCAGACGUUUCCGUCUGGGGGUCAAUUUGGGGUUUCAAGUGCUGGUGCUCCAGUCAUGGGUCUGGGUCCACUGAUGGGUCCUUAUGGUGGUUAUAAAGGUGAGACUGUAGGAGAUUGGCCUGAUGUUGCCAGAAAUGCUCUUGUGCAAGUAACGACACGGCUGAAAGCUAAUUUUUUUGAAAGAGAGAGCGCAUUAUCUUCAUUCCCACCCUCUGUACCGUACCAUCCAUCGCCAAAUGAUUCUUCUGAAGGGUCAAAAUAUGGGGCCAGGGAUAGCAAAGCACAUGGUCAUGGGUAUUCUUACUCUGGUGGAUAUGGCAUUUCAGGUGAUUUGCCGCCUUCUGAAAGCUAUGGAAGCUAUGGUGGUUCCCAGGGUGUUGGCAGCAGUUACGGAACAUAUGGGGGGUACCUAGCUCGUUCUGGCAGUGCUGGUUUUGCAGGUGCUGGGAAGAAUGUGUUAGAGAGCUGCAAUCUGGGGACUGAAGAGGCAUGGUUAUUUGUCCAAAGGUUGGAGGCUUUAGGCUUCAAGGCAGAUGCUGUGACCUUUGGAAUAUUUAUUUGUGAGAGCAGCAGAGAGAAAAAGUUUGAAAAUGAAAUUCUCCAAAUCCUCUUCAGUGGGUCAUGUGUUUGGAGAUUGCAGAAGAUAUUGCACAGAGUUUUGCAUACAUCCACCAAGCUUUCACUAGUCCACAGUGAUGUCUAGUCUUCAAUAUCCUUGCAGCUUGAGGCUUGCCUCGCUGACAAGCAGCCCCUCAUUUUUUAUAGAAGCGGAUGGUGAGGAUGAGUCAUGACAGAGCAAAUCCAAAGUCUGCUUUGUGGCCCACAUCUGCUUUUCGCUUGCUGCUGCUGUAGUUUCUCACCGGGAAGCUUCAGUUGGAGUACUUGAUCCUUACCAUGACCGAUCCACCAGAUUUGGUCCAGUCAGGGAAGGUGAUGAUGCUGAUGAUAAAUGUGCCGAAUAAUGAUCAUGGAAAUUAGAGCAGUCUGCAUUUGGUCUUCAUCAGAUAGUCAGUCUUUCACGUAGCAGAUUCUGAAGAUGAUAACGUAAGCGGGAUACUGGGAUAGCAACAUCAAUUCAAGCGGCAUUUCAUACGUCUAGCACAUUAUGUCCAUAUCUAAUGGACCACCGAAGAUGGUUCUUCAGAUUGGCAAAUUGGCAGAGGAGUUGGUGUUAUUGUACAUGAUACCAAUUUUUGUUGUAAGAUUUGAUUAAAAAGAAAAAAAAAAGAUAGUAUAAAUAAACAUGGUUUUGGGGCUUGAAAAUUUGUUAAGAAAGAUAAAAGUGAAACAUACUUUCAAACAGGUUUUGAAAUGGCAGAAAUUAUGAUGUAAGAAAUUCUGGAAUGCAGAAGGUUUUACAGUGUUAUAUAUAUA